AUGGUCAAGCCUAUUUUGUCUAUCAAACUAAAAGAAUCGCACAGCUAUUAUUCCCAAGAUGAGACAAUUCCAUGCACCGUCAGUUUUAAAUCAGAGAAAGUGCUCAAAGAAGGGUUUAUCCGUAUCCAGUUCAUAGGUCGCAGUAGCUCCUACUGCAAUGGAAGUCGACAACAUCUAAACAGCAUCUUUUCUGUGGAGAAGGAAAUCAAGAUCGAUGAAUGGAAUAAUGCUGCAAAUAUCAAGAAAAUGCAUCAGGUGGACUUUACUGUAGAAGUCCCAAAUGGUAAAGAGAUUCCCAGUUAUCGAAAUCUGGAGGGAAGCGAUGGCGGCAAGAUCGAAUACAUGAUUGAAGCAAGUUUAGAAACUCCAGGAGGAUUGUUCAAAAAGUCAAAUGUGCUAGCAAAUCAUAUCAUUCAGGUACCAUUGAUUGCCAAAGUCAACAUUACCGAAAAUGGAUUAGAAAGACACCGAGAGAGCUCUAUUCGUUGGCCCAAGAUUGAAGAGAAUAUCAAUACAUGUGCGUUAUCAGCGAAGAUUCCUCAUGAAGGAUAUGUUCGAGGGAAAGAGGUGCCUGUGCGUGUUGACUAUCAACAACCUGAGCAUUUUGAGGCCGUUCAAUCCAUCAAAGUUGCCUUGAUUCAACAGGAGAUCAUUGCUUCUAGCAAAGACAAAAUCCCUGAAAUGACCAAACAGCUACCCGAUAGAAUUAUCAAGACUGAGGAUAAGCCAGUAACGAUGGCUAAGGUCAUGUACUACCCACAAUUACUCACUGUGAGCAGUCUUAUCAUGAUCACUAUACCAUCCAACGCUACACCUACUAUUGGUGGCACCAUAGCUAAAGUGAUGAGAGUGGACUACAAGAUUCGUGUCACGGUGCAUAUUAGAGGUGCAGAGAACAGCAAAGAAAAAGAGUUGAAUGUGAAUCUACCAUUGGUGGUAGGCACAGCUGGCCAACAUCCCGUCUUACUUGACAGUGGUGUAGAUACAACGAGACAUAAUGAGACCUAUACCAUGUCAUACAACCCAUACAGCAGCCCUUACCCGCCUUUGAACAUGAAUGCACCGUAUCCUCCCAAUGGAGGCGGAUUCCAAAUGCCAGAUCCAUUCCAAAUGCCUCAACAGCCAUACCCUCCUGCACCAUAUCCACACUUCAUGCUCAAUCCUCAGCACAUACCAUUUACCGGUGCCAGCAACGCAAGUGAUUAUGAAGGUGGUAUGCCUGUUCCCCAGUUCUCUACGUCCGAGCAGGCUCUCUCUACAGCUGCUAGUCCUGUCAUCGAUCAAACCAAGAUUCCUGUGUAUCCAUCAGUCGCAUUAAGUUCUCAGUUGAGCACGCUGUCAGUCUCUACCAACCCCUUUUCAGCCACUGCUCAUGCUGGCAACACGCCGUAUCCACUUGUUAUCACAGACAAAGCGCCUACUUCCACGCCUACAAAGGCAGGCAACAUGCCAUUCUCUCCAACAUACGAAAAAAAGACAGACACAGAGACAUUGGCAUCGUCAUUGAGUCGAGAAUCUACUCGCUCCACAGCUCAUAGCAGCAGUACUGCAAGCCAUUCCUUGUAUCCUCCUCCCUCGCUCCUCUCUAUCGACAAGCCAAAUACACCAACACCGCCGCAAACACCAGCUGUCAUCAAUAGAAAUAUAUCGCAGCAAAAGCCUACCUCUCGACAAAUUGAAGGCGGGCCCUCUUACCAUAGUGGCGUAUCUGUGAUUGACGAUGUUUUUUAUUCUUCGUCUCCACCUCAAGCAAGUCAUAUAGCCACCAGAAUUGACCCUUUAGAGGGCACCAUUGUGUUGUCGAAUGUAAGCACUAAAUAA